AUGCCGUGGGCCCUGGGCGCGCUGCUGCACCCCCGGCGCCGCACCGUGGAGCUGUCCAUGCUGAGCCUGCUGGCAUCACCGGCAGCUGUGCCCCAGGCCGCGCCUGCAGCCCAGGGCGGCGGCGACGCAGCGGCAGGCGGCCAGCGCGAUGCAGACGCGCCUCUGCUCGACACCGCUGGCGGGAUGAAGGGCAGGAGCCCGUCGGACGACUCUGAAGCGCCAGAGGCGCAGCAGCUGAUGCCCGAGGCGAGCCGAGAGGGGGAGGCGGAGGACAGCGGCUCUGACAGCGAGUCGGAUAGCAGCAGCAGCAGCAGCAGCAGCGACGAGGAGGAGGGGGGCAUGCGGCGGCCCGCCGCCACGCGGCGCCGGCCCCAGCAGCAGGCGGCGGCUGCGGGGCAGGCGGCGCCGGCGACGGACGAGGGGCGGGCUGCCGAGCUGCAGAUUCGGGCUCAGAUGGAGGCGGACCGCCGCGCUGCCAAGCAGCGCAGCAAGCAGGCCGAGCGGGCCGCCAAGGAGCAGCGCAGGCAGGCUGAGCGGGCGGCCAAGGCGCAGCGCAAGGAGGAGCGGCGGCUGGAGAAGGCGGCGGCGGCGGCGCGGGCCGAGGCCGAGGCCGAGGCCGCAGCCCACCCGGGGCGCCACUCCCCUUCAGAGUUCCCCUACCCUCGGGCCACGGCGGCGCAGCUACAAGAGGAGGAGGAGCAUGCCGGCGGCAAGGGGGCGCCGCUGUCGUGGCUGCUGGGCCAGCUGCUGCGAUGA